AUGAAUCAAAAUGCUAGUAAUAAAGAAAUGUGGAAUGAUCGUAGCGAAAUCUACGACUACGACGCAUCGCAUACUCGGCAAACUCCACCCCUGUUCCAGCCCUGUUCUGUCCUGUUCAAACCUGUUCCACCAGCUGUUCCCAACUCCUGUCUGCUUCCCUGUUCACUGUUCCUGUUCCACCCACCUGUUCCUGUUCCCCCACCUGUUCAGCUGUUCUGUUCCACCAGCUGUUCACCAGCCCUGCUCACCCUGUUCAUGUUCCUGUUCUGUUCACCAUGCUGUUCCACACUCCCUGUUCCUGUUCCUCCACAGCUGAAAUUCCCUGUUCCCACCUCUGUUACCCCUGUUCCAGCCCUGUUCUCAGCCCCCACCUCCACACCAGCUCCCCAGUUCCAGCUCCCACUCCACCUGUUCCUCCCAGUCCUGUUCAGCCCUGUUCCACCCCACCUGCUCCCUCCCACCCCAGGCUCACAGGCUGUCCCUGCCCCCAGCUCCCCCCCUGUUCAGCCUGUUCCACCCCUGUUCCCCAGCCCAGCCCCCACCCCACUCCCUGUUCCAGUUCCACCCCAGCUCCACCACCAGCUGUUCCACCCCUGUUCCUGUUCCUGUUCCCACCCCUGUUCCCACUGCUUGACUCUGUUCCCAACCCCCUGUUCCCACCUGUUCCUCCACUCCACCCCAGCCCCAGCUGUUCCACCCCUGUUCCACCUCCCAGCUCCCUGUCUGUCCCUGUUCCCCACCCCACCUGCACCCCUGUUCCCCAACUCCCUGUUCCCCAGCUCCACCCCGUCUGUUCCCCAGCCCACCUCUGUUCUGUUCCAGCAGUCUGUUCCCAGUUCCCAGCCUGUUCCCAGCUCCAGCUCCUGUAGCUUCCUGUUCACUCCUGCUCCCAGCCCUGCAGCCUGUCUCCUGCCCCAGUUCCCAGCCUCCCAGCCCACAGCUGUUCCAGCAGCCCCAGCUCAGCUCUGUUCCACCUGUUCCACCCCCAGCCCUGUUCCCCACCUGUUCCUGCCCCACCCCAGCUGUUCCCAUGCUGUCCACCUUCUGUUCCUGUUCCCCACCCCACCCUGUUCUGUUCCCCACCAGCCCAGCACUGUUAGCUAG